AAUAGCGAUGGCGGACAGCGGUGGCGAUCGUGGCGGUGUCGUAGCUUCUAACGUCGCCCCUGGCGAAACCUCGACGUCCGGCGACGGCCAAGACCCCAAGAAAUCGGACAUGGGAGACCCGCAGGAUCUGAGGGCAGGCAAGGCUGAGCUGAAAGCAUGCGACGACCCCAUGCAGGAGCUGCUCAACAUGGCGGCUGGCACCGUCAAUCAGACUGAGACAUCACACACAAAGCAGUGGCUUGGCGGUGGUGAUGAGGCAGAAGCCCGAAAAGACUCCCACAAGCAUGUUUCCGGCCCUCUUCAGGCGCUGCCUCUGUCGCUGGACGACAUUCGAGCAAGCCUGGACAACAUUGCCAGCAGCACUGCCUGGCACAGUCGUCGCAGUGCGUCUUCCAGCACUCUUGUGGCUGUUGUCAAGAUGCAUUGCCAGCUGCCCCAGCGAGAAGCGCUGAGGCGACUGGACGACGCCGGCAAGGCAGUGGUCGUCUCGCACUCCCUGGCCGCCUACCUCUCCACGUUGGAAACGGCCGUGCUGCGCAAGGUGACGGCACGGAUUGUCUCCGACACGGGCCUCUGGGUGUCGCGUCUCUUUAGGUUCUUCGACUCGUCGGUGUUCUGCCACGAGGAGUCGCGGGAGGGGCUGGUGCGCGUGUGCCGCCUUGCCCUGCACGCCAAGUACCCGCGCCUGGCCCAGGGGGAGGGCUACCAGGCACUGGCCCCCCGACCGCCCGUGUUGUACAUCGGGGCACACACCCGCACCAGCCUCGGACACCACCUCUGUUCGCAGCUGGGGCUUCCCGUCUCCUGCCUCAGGAUAAUUCCCCUCACGGGAACACCCGGCACCCUCUACCAGACGGACCUCUCAGCGCUGGAGCAGUGCAUGGACGAGGACGUGGCACAGGGCCGGGUGCCAACGCUGGUAGUGGUCAGUGCGGGCUCACCGGCCAUUGGCCUGGUGGACCCCCUGCAGGGCCUGCAGGACCUGUGCAAGCGGCACGAGGCCUGGCUGCACGUUGAGGGCCUCGCGCUCGCCGCUCUGUGCCUCGUCUCCGUGCCCAACCUGCCGGCUCGCACCGGAGACAGCGUGUCACUCCCUCUUGGCACCUGGCUUGGUCUACCAUCUGUGCCCUAUGUUACCCUGUACAAGACGAGCGAGGCGGCCCUGGCGCACGCGGCCGGCCUGAGCUCGUUCAGCAUGCCCAGCAAGCUGCAGUGUCUCCCCCUGUGGGUCGGUCUGCAGAGCCUGGGACACCAGGGACUCCUGCAGCGGGUGCUCCACUGCCUGCGUCUGAGUGAAAUGUUACGGGAAAGGCUGGACCAGAUUCCGGAGAUGGAAGUCGUGGGCAGGCCCAGGGCAAUCUCGAAAGAAGGACAGGUGCUUUCCCUGGCUGAUGUGGUGACCAAGUCCGUUGGAACUCUGUUGCUGUUCGACGUCGUCGUUCCCGUGGUGACGUUUCGGUAUCUGCCGGAAGAGGCCCUGCUGGAAGGGGUCGAGGAGGAGGAGGAAGCUCAGGAAGAAGAGUCGACGGAGGUCUCGUCGGAGACGGAGUCAAAGCGCAACACGCCGGAUGAGGCCACCGCCUCCGGGGAGAAGGCCGAGACGGACGCCAUCCUGGAUGACGAGCCUUCCUUGCACGACACCUCCUAUCGCAACAAUCUCAACUCUUGGCUGGCCCAGGUUCUCAACCGCGAUGUCCCUCGUGCAGUGCUGGACCUCCUCGACCUGGAUCCAUAUGGGGCCUGCCUUCGCUUCUGUCCACUGGAGAGCGCGCAUGUGUUUGGCACCACGACUCAGGAUGUAGAGGCGUUGCACAACUGUCUUCUCAAACAUCUGGCCAUCCUGAAUGCGACGGUUCGACAGAAGCGCAAGUUCCGUGAGGCUCUCAGCAAACACGACAACCUGGAGCUGGUUGAAGUGUGUAACUGGGCCGGCCUGGGCGGCGUGCGGUUUGUGCCGAACGCGUACGUCGGACACGUCGACUCGCUCGACGAGAAGGACAGGGACCAGCUCAACCAGCUCAACUCCGAGCUGGUCCUCAAGUUGAAGAACACCGACUCUGCCUUCUCCCUCG